AUGGAUCUGCUCUCCAGCAUCCGCAAGUCUGGGUCCAGAGGAGGCGUCAACUUCAGCUGGGACGACGUCGCAACCUCGAGCCACCGCGAAAACUACCUCGGACACAGUCUCAAGGCCCCCGUCGGACGAUGGCAGAAGGGCCGCGAUCUCAACUGGUACGCCAAAGCCGAUGACGAAUCGGGAAAGGACGAUGAGACUGGCGAGACGGAGGAGGAACGUCGCGAGAGGGAGCGCAAAGAGGAGCUACGAAAGGUCAAGGAGGCAGAGGAAGAUGCCAUGGCUGCAGCUCUAGGGCUCCCUCCUCCUGUGCGGAAUAGCUCUGGCGCGAACGCAGUCGAAGUCGGGGCCAAGCGACAAAUGGGACCGGCGAGCGGGCCACCAGGCGACGAGGAACCUACGGACGGAAAGAGGGAACGCUCGCGGCGCCAUGAUGAUGCUGAGAGGCGAGAAAGGAGGCGACACCGGAGUCGAAGUCGGAGCCGAGACCGUGAACGUCGCCACAGGAGGCACAGAAGGAGUAGGAGCCGUGAUCACGACAGGGACAGAGAUGAGGACAGACCCAGAGAGCGGAAUCGGGAUCGAGAUGAGCGCAGACAUCGCCGCGGUCGUGACCAAGAUGACGCGGGCGAAGGGGGUGAUCGACGACGAAGAGAUAGGAGCAGGGACCGCCGACGAUCAAGGUCAAGAGACCAUCGCAGACGCAGCUCCAGCCCCAGGCCCCGUCGACGAGACUAA